CGAUUCCUCUCAUCGAGCUAAAGAGAUCAUUGACUUUAUUUAUUACAACUUUAUUAUUAAAAAUGAAGAAAAUUACAAUUCUUGGGGCAAAUACACUUUUGGGACAACAUAUAGUUAGGGUGAUUGACAACGUUUUUUCUGAUAUUGACAAAACUCUUUGGAACUAUAAUUACAAACUUAAUGGAUUAAAAGAAGCAAUUGAAGGCUCGGAAAUGGUUUUUAAAUUUAAAUUAUUUUUAAGUUAA